GUUUCAGGUAAUGGACCAUCAGGGAUUUGUCUCUCUUAUUUGUUGUCGGGAUACACACCUUACUUUUCCCCCGAUGGCUUCCAUCCCAACCCAAUUUUGCAUAACAAGCUGACAGAGAACCCUAAUUUGUCUUUGUUUGACCAGGUAAUGCACAUACAUAAUCCCCCUACACACAUUUACCACACCUAUUUACAUAACAAGUGCUGAUUAAUUGUAUUGUUUCUCACCAAAAGUCUAUAGAUUACUACAGAGAUUAAGGCCCCGAUAUACUUAAACAAAAUCGAAGCACAAACUGAUGUCUCAUCAUUUCAGACAAAAUCAGGCCAAAACAAAGUUAGUUUUGUGUUAGUAUUGGGAGUUUGAAAUGGCUUGUGAUAGCGAACUCUCAGGAAAAGUUUGCUCCGGCUGCAAAACACCUUCGUGCUACCACUGGUCCACGGCGAUUACGUAAUGGGUAGUUCUGCUGCUUUUUUUUUUUUUCAUGUUUGAUACUGUAAAGCUGCUUGCUUUUAAGCAAUAAAGUGCCAUAUAAAUACACAUUUGCAGAUGUCGUACAAACAUACCCGUGUUGCUGUGAUCAGAUGCUUUCUUUAAAAACAUGCUUGCUGUUCUCUCAUUUUUGUUGUUUAUUUUGUUACUGAGAGGAAAGUGAGCAGCACAUAUUUACAUAUUCAUCUAAACGUUGCUCUCUUCAGUCUGGGCGGCAUCAGGAUGUUCUAUAACAGUAUACCGCUGCUCAUGUAUUUCGAAGUUCGUUUUACCCAUAAACGAAGAACGAAAAAGAACUUCGCUGAUCUGGAGUACCUGUGUGAGGGUGUAGAGGGCCGUUCGUCAAACCCUGUGGCUGUGCUCUUCGAUGCCCUCCUUCUUCCAGAUGGAGACUUUGGGGUGGAUUGCGCCUCCCCGCUGAUAUGGAGACAUGAGCCGGAAAGGGCCACACCUCACCUUGUACUGGGAAAGGGACCACCUGGAGGGGCCUGGCAUGCGAUGGAGGGCUCAAUGUUGACACUAAGCUUGGCUAACUGGAUGGAACUUCCUGGUUUGAAGCUGAAGGAUUGGAUGAGAGAUAAACGAAGAAAUUUACGUAAUGACCGGGCCACACCAGCAGAGAUUGCGUCGUACUAUCAGCACUAUGUGUCUAAAAUGGGUCUGGAGAAGAGCUUUGCUUGUGGCACCACCGUGACCUCAGUGUCUCGGGUUUCCCUUGAAUCUGGCCGCUCCGUUUGGAAGAUCCAAGGCCUCCAGAGAAGAGCAAGUAGUGGUGAAGGAAAUGAAGUAAUUGAAGUCCCUUUCUCAGUCUAUGCAGAGAACGUGGUGCUUGCCACAGGAACUCAUGACAUCCCAGCCCGUCUCGGCGUGGAUGGUGAAAACCUUCCCUUCGUUUGCCACAGCUUCUGGGAGCUGGAGGCCGCCAUUUCCUCAGGCCGUUUGGACCGUGCCUCAGAGCCGGUUCUUGUGGUUGGUGCUGGGUUGACGGCGGCAGAUGCCGUUCUCGCAGCUCACCACUUGAACACACCUGUAUAUCACGCCUUUAGGCGACCUGUGAGUGAUCCAGCGCUCAUCUUCAACCAGCUGCCCAAGCUCCUCUACCCUGAGUACCACAAAGUGCACCAAAUGAUGAGCCAACAGCAGCACAAAGUUGGUGAGAAGGUGGUUAAUCUGUCCAACCAGCCUCUUUCUUCACCCGUUGAUGGCACCAGCCCGUAUACCCGUUACCCUGGUUACCUCAGUUUCCCAAAGCACCAUGUAGCUGCCUUCAAACCUGAUGGAAAGUGUGUGCUAGAGGAUGAGAGAGGGCUACAGACAGUGCUGCAAGUCUCAAUGGCGCUCGUUUUGAUUGGUGCCCAUCCCAACCUGUCAUUCCUCCCAGAACAUGGUCGCCCACUAUCGCUGGACUCAAAAGAGCCAAUCAGUUGUCGGCGGAACCCGCUAGAUGUGGAUCCAUACACGUAUGAGUGCGUGAAGGAGCCAGGGAUGUAUGCCAUGGGUCCACUGGUGGGUGAGAACUUUGUGCGGUUCCUGAAAGGCGGAGCUUUGGCCAUAGUGUGUGACAUCGUCCAAAAACAAAGAAAAAAACGUCAAGAGAAAUGCACAACAAGCUCAUUGAAUAUUCAGCUGAGCAACUGCACACUGGAGGCAUGAAAAGACAUUGAUUUUAAAGGGGUGAAAAGAGAUUUUUGAUAUAUAGCUAUUUGGUACUUCCAGUAUCCUUCAGAAAUGCCACAUACAUGGUGGAAAAUGCUCAGUGGUCCUGACACAGAGGAACCAGUUGUUGAACAGUUCCUGACUGUUCCGGCCUCCCACUGCAAGUGCUUACAUGUAGACGUGCAAAUGCACUGACACAGAUCUGUGCUGUUAAUGGCUAACUAACCCGCCUCUAAACAUUCAUCUGGGUUUACAGACACAGGGUGCUUUAACACUUCAGGGAUUUAUUUGUCCAUGGCUGCUCACUCGAAACAUUACUCAUGUUCUCACAGCAAUCAUGUUCUGUUGUGCCAAAAUAUUAACAUUUGUAAUAUCCGUGUUUUCAAAUCUAAAAAUUCCUUCAUGUAAGGAAAACACAAAACUAAUCUUUGCCAAGCAAAUGAUGCUGUUGUAUCAAUGUUUGUCUUAACACUCUUACUGUUGUCUUCAAUGAAUGUAUAAAUCAUAGUGGACCUAAAAAAAAUCAGAAAGAUCAUUGUAGCAUUUCAACUUUUUGUCUUCCGUACAUUGCCUUCCCAAGUAAAGCAUGCAGUUGUAGUGAAUCCAUUGGUUAUACCAGCAAACCAGACUUGAGUGUCUAGAAUUAGGGCUCUUAAAAGUUUAAGACGUCCUUGUUUCAUGCUGCUGUUACUAACCCAAGUCAAACCUCAGAGAGGUCAGGCUGCACUUACAAAACUGACCACAAGAGAGCCUUUGCACACCGUUGAUGGAAGCUAGCAACACUGCAUGAGACCUAAUGAUCCAUCGCGACAUUAUUUGAAUGUAUGAUUAAUCCAACAUAAGCUUAUUUACCAAUGUGUUAACUGUCAUGGGCCAAAUAUAUGGGCUCGAGGACCUUUUGAUGCAAUGAGUAAACUGUACAUUUAUUUAAAAUUUUGUAAAAUUUAAAUGCAAAUCAAAUGCAUAUCUUGUUCCUUUAUGAAAAUGAUUCUAGAUUCAACAUUGUGAUAUGAAACUUUUGUUUUUUUUUAUCUAAAAACUAAUUCUGCUGUAUUGCUUGCAUGUACAUUAUGAUCCCUGGCAGCUCCGAUUAAACAUGUUUGUUUCAAAUAAAUGUUAAAAUAGUUUGUACUUUCUUGAAAGAAAAA